AAGCGGAAGUGUUGCUCAAAUGUGCGCUUAUUCAAAACUUCCAAACAAACCAUAAACCUGGGAAUUAAUUUUUCAAUGGCUUAAUACUUCAGUACACUUUAGCGUUGAUUAGGCUGUUUACAGUAGGAAUAAUAAUGGAGAAAAAUGACAGUUGCUCCGAGGAGGUGGAUGGAGACAGUUGUGGAUCCUCCGCUACAGGCUCUCCAGAGAUGGACCGCAACCCGUCCCCUCCGCCGGUGGAAGAUGAAGCUGACGCUUGUGAAGAGGCGGAUGCCAUCGGGGAAACGGUGUACAGCAAACACUGGGUGUUCAGCACCCUGACCCACCUUAUUCAGAUGAUGACAGAUGAAAAAUGUGGACAGAGUGAUGCUUCAGUGGAGUUGACAGAUGAGCUGGAAGAGGACCUGUGUAAAGUAUGGGACAUGGCUAUGGAUAAGGAUGUGUCCGUUUUUCUUCAAGAGUUCAAGGCUCCAGACAUCUUACUGGGUGUUAUUGCAAAGUCACGCAACCCGCGGCUCACUGAAAUCUGUGUUGGAAUUCUGGGUAAUAUGGCCUGUUUCCAUGAUACGUGUGUAUCUCUCAGCCAGAACUCUGACCUAGGUGCUGUGUUACUUUUGCUGCUUGGGGACAAUGAUCCACCUACACUCUUAGAAACCACCAGGCUCCUGCUAACCUGCAUCUCUCAGCCCGACAUCGCCCACCUCUGGCUAGACAGGAUACAACAGCAACCGGCAGUGUGCAGCAGUCUCUGUUUCAUCAUGAGCAGCUCCACAAAUGUGGAUUUGCUGUUUAAGGUUGGGGAGCUGGUGGAUAAGCUCUUUGAUGAGGAUGAGGAGUUGAUGAAGAGUUGGGUGUCAACACCACCCAGCGAGAGUGACCCAAACAAGGACGCACAGCAGGGCAUUACGUCUUCUCUGCUGGAGGCUGCUACACAGCUUAGGUCAGAGAAUCCAGAGGCUCUCGAAGUGUAUCUUCAUUCCCUCCAGCUUCUUACUACGAUAGAAGAGGGCAUGCUAGCUCUUGUAUCAGAUGGAGCAUGUGGUCAUGCGGUGUGGGCAUUUGUAUGUAAAGUCGUAUGUGAGGAUUUAUGUCAACCAGACGACCCUCCUCUCAUCCUGCAGGAACAAAAAGCUCUUCUGGCUCCAGCGCUAGCCCUUCUGUCUGUGUUACACUCCAGCCUUCAGUCAGAUAUCAGUGUAGAAUUAGUGGUGAGCAUCCUUCGCAUUCUGCAGUUCUAUGUUGAGUACCGUCAGAGCCGAUCAGGAGGAAACCUGGAAUCAGAAGAGAAUCGGAAAGAGGAAGGGAAGGAGGAAACGGAUGUACAGUUCAAAGCUUUAGUCGAAACCACAGCUGACUUCCUCUCAGUUCUAAUAAUGGACCUAAAUAAGGACAUUUUAUCAUCAUUAGUCAAAGAAGGGCAUUUGACAGAAAAGAGCUGUGUUUCUGCUGUUAGCACCCUUUUACCGCAACACAUCUCAGCGGUGCAGCACCUGGUCGGCCUGUUGUCUGAAGUGGAACCUAAACUGGCAGACAUUAUAAAGAAGGACAUUUCCAUUUCAUCCAGAAUGUGAAGCUGAUAAUAGACUGAAUACAAAGCACUGAACGGUUCCUCAUUGAAAUUGUUCUCCCUCUUAAACCAAAUGGGCUUUGACAUUCUUUUCUCCUUGUGAACUUUAAAUCCGCCAUUUGACUUAACUGUUUCCGGAACAGAAAAUGUAGUUUUUAUUGUACAUGUUUGUGUUUGUAAACACUGACAUUUCUAUUGCGUAACCUGUUUUGUCAUCUUUCGUCAGUUUCACAGAGUAUUCGUUAUCAUAAUUGGCAUAAUCCUACAGCAGAAAUUUCCAUUAUGCUUCACAUGAAAACAUUCACUAAUUUACCAAAAGGUCACAUAAAGCUUUUAUAGCCUUUUACAUAUGUUUUCAAAAUAACUUCCAGCACUAAGUCUCUCUCUUGUUCGCAAACAUGAGCUGACGUGUUUUUCCACACACGUUCAGCUGUCUACACUUGAGUGUUUACUGCCGUUCGCCACUCGAAAGCAGCAACAGGCGGCUCUCGAGCAAGCUCCAUGUCCAUGUUGUGAUCACCUCCCUCAUUUGCUUUCCAAAUGGCUUGUGCCUCAGGAAAAAGAGAAAAAAGGGAGUACUGCGCACUUCCCACCAUGUGACGCCAACAGGAAUAUAGCAGCUCUUUAAUUAAGAGCUCAGAUUGAUAUGCAGAGCGUGCUACAUUCUUAUGGAAAUGUGACGAGUAGGAGGACCUGAGAUACAGGCAGAGAGGAGAUCUCGUCUGCGACUGAAUGGAAAGCAGCUGGGUGACUAAUUUUAGGCCUUUUUGCAUGCUUUCGAGCCGCUGGCUUAUGUUGCUCUUUUUGCGUGAAUCUUGAAAUAAGUUGUCCAGAAAAGGCCAAGUGUGAACCUUGCCGCUGAGACUCUGGUUCAUGAAGACUUUGUAUUGACAUGACGGUCAAUAUUUAGUCUUGACCUGGGGCUGAUUUGAGAGACGGACCUUCUGGGUGAGGAAGCAGAAGGGGCAGUUAGAUCCAGACCAAUGCAUAUGUGAGUGAAUGCUCACAUAAUGGGAAGUGACGGAGGGCUGGUGGAGUCGUAAGCAGAGCUGCUCAUGUAGAAGCAAAAGGGUGAACAUAGAUGAUUGUCAGCCGUCAAUCAUUUUCUCAUUGAUGCCCAGAAUUCCUGACCUCAAAAAUCACAACAUGACCUUAAAUGGCAUAAAAACAUUCACACAGCCCACAUACAGCUAUAAUACUAGAUUAACAACUUUCUUCACACGUUCUUAUUCUUUAAAAGCCAAAGUCUGCCAUGUUUAGUUCUCCCUAAAGUAUCUGCACACUUAAGCCAAAAUUAAUUUUGUCAUUGCAUUCUAUAACACAUUUUUGUUGGAUGGGACACUUCCAAAAU